AUGCCUGAAACUGAAAAGCUUUCUGAAACUUAUGAUAUGUACGACGAAUUUGACUGUGGAGAAGGUGAAAAUGAGGAAGUACAAGUGAAAGAGGAGGAAGAAGAUUCAGAAACUGAUUUUAAUGCUGCGAAAAGUGUUGAUCAGUCAGCAGGCAAUGAAUCCCAGUCAGCUGAAACAGUGGUGAAAACUGAAGAUCAGAAUGAAUUUCAAAUUGACAUGUUCGAUGAUGAGUUUCGUGCGAUUAUGGAACAGGAUUUUUCUGCUGAAACAAAUGCCAAUGGAACAAACGAUGCAGUCAACGAAGAACAAGAGACGGAUUCAGAUGCCACUGAAUUUGAUGAGGAUGAUCAUGCAGCAGUCAGUGAACCUCAGCAAAACACCGAACCAGUGGUUAAUCGUAGCUCGAGCAGUGCAUCAGGUGAACGACAGCUGAAUCGUCGUCGAAAAAAGGCUAAAAACCACAAGUGUCAGCAGUGCGACAAAAGCUUUGAUCGUCCAUUUAGUCUUAAACAACACCAGCUGGUGCACACUGGCAUACGAGCUUACAAGUGCACUACAUGCCCCAAAUCAUUUGGGCGAAAGGAUCAUCUUAAAUUACACCAGCUUAUUCACACUGGCAUUAAAGCGCACAAGUGCACAGUUUGCACUAAAUCGUUUGUGCAAAAGGGUGAUCUUAAGAAACACCAAAAAAUGCCUGAAACUGAAAAGCUCUCUGAAACUUAUGAUAUGUACGAUGAGUUUGACUGUGAAGAAGGUGAAAAUGAGGAAGUACAAGUGAAAGAGGAGGAAGAAGAUUCAGAAACUGAUUUUGAUGCUGCGGAAAGUGUUGAUCAGUCAGCAGGCAAUGAAUCCCAGUCAGCUGAACCAGUGGUGAAAACUGAAGAUCAAAAUGAAUUUCAAAUUGACAUGUUCGAUGAUGAGUUUCAUUUGAUUAUGGAACAGGAUUUUUUUGCUGAAACAAAUGCCAAUGGAACAAACGAUGCAGUCAACGAAGAACAAGAGACGGAUUCAGAUGCCACUGAAUUUGAUGAUGAUGAUCAUUCAGCAGUCAAAUCUCAGCAAGCUGAACCAGUGAUCACCCGUAGCUCGAGCAGUGCAUCAGGCGAACAGCUGAAUGGUCGUCGAAGAAAAGCUAAAAUCCACAAGUGUCAGCAGUGCGGCAAAAGCUUUCCAUCUGCAUAUCUUCUCAAACGACACCAAGUAGUGCACACUGGCAUUAAAGCGCACAAGUGCACGACUUGCUCCAAAUCUUUUGGACGAAAGGAUGAUGUCAAACAACACCAGCUUGUUCACACUGGCAUUAAAGCGCACAAGUGUACAGUUUGCUCAAAAACAUUUGCGCAAAAGGGUAAUCUCAAUCAACACCAAUCAGUUCACAGCGACUCUUGA